CGGCGGUGCUCUUCCUGCGACGUCGAAAGUAAGGAGUCACGAAUCUGAAUGUUCUUUGCAUGUUUGCGCGCGGGCAAAGCGCGUACUGGAAAACACAGUGAGAACUCCAGCUCGCGAUGGGCUGUUCACGCGGAUGGGUCGUCGUCGCGGCGGCCUCCACUAUCAAUAUAUUCACGCUUGCCAUGAUGCGGUCGGGUGCCAUCGUUUACGUCGCAAUCGCCAGCACGUUCGGGGUGACCCGAGAAGAUGCUUCCUGGCCAAUGUGCCUGGCUACCGUUUUCAAUCUGCUAGCAGGUCCCAUUUCCGGAAUCCUAGCACAAUACUUCCAGAUCUCAAACCUACUAGUGGUAGGCUGCUUCUUAGCGUCCCUUCCUGUGUGCGCCAGCUACUUCGCCAAUGGUGUGCCAUUCCUCAUCAUUAGUCUGGGCGUCGUACACGGGUGCGGUUUGUCUCUGCUGACGUUGGGCUAUGCUGCCGUCAACCAGAGCGUCACUACAAACAAGGCACUCGCAUCGGGCAUCACCAUCGGUGGCAGCGUGGUCGGGGGAAUCAUCUUCCCGCCCGUGAUGCAGUACCUCUUUGACGAGUACGGCACGAAAGGAGGCUUUCUCGUUUUCGGCGCCAUCAUGCUCAACUCCACAGCGGCAGCGCUGUUCACGAGGACGCCUUGGCGAGAAACAGUUGCUUCGCGGAACAUGGAGAAAAGCGUACCAAGUUCCUCAACAACAGUGGACAUUUCCAACGUCGUAAACACGCACUUGUACGAGGCCAACGGCGAUGCCCAAGGACUGGGAGAUAACCACCGUAACCACUGCGACAGCGACUCGUUGAGCUUCUGUAACGGGACAACGGGGAUCGAGGCGCCUCUGAAUUGCUCUGAAUGUAAAAGGAUAUCUACGUGCGACGCAGCUUUAGAUGCCAUUGAUAGUCCUCCGAGCGACAAAGUUUUUCCAAGGAACACUUUGGCAAAGUUCCUCUUGUUCUUGAAGAAACCGAAGUUCUACGUAGUCGCCUACACUUUGGGUCAGAUCUGGUACCUAAACACGACGCUUCUCACUGUGGUGGUGGACUACGCUGUGGAAUGCGGCGUUCCCAAGUGGGAUGCCGUCUCUCUCGUCACGUUUAUAACGGUGCCCGAUCUCGUGUCGAGGUUCGUUUCCGGGCCCAUAACGGACAAAGGACUCCUACGAAAGAGCGCUAUGAUGGUCCUGUGCCUAACGGCCAACGGAGUCGCGCACUCGCUGCUGCCGUUCUUCACUUCGUACCCGGCGCUGGCGGCGCUCUCGGCUGUUGCCGGUUCUUGCAAUGGCAUAGCCGUGACGCAUAUUUUCGUGCUGUGCGGUGAGCUGGUCGAUCCGGCGGUGUUCAGUCUGUGUUUGGGAGCCGCUAAUUUUGUGGCCGCGUUCGCGCUUCUGGAAAGGCCACUUAUGAUAGGAUACUGCAGGGACAAGCUUGGAAGCUAUGAUGGACUGUUUUACUUCAGUGCUGGCGUAGCCUGGAGUAGUGCAAUUCUCUGGCUCCUCACAUACAUCUGUGAGAGGCGAACCACCAGUGAAAAACUGUUGUCCCAGGCAACUCGUCGAUAACGGUAAUGUUGCCUUAGGCAAAAGAAUAAUGCCCAAAAAGCUCAGGCUUUUGGUUUACUAAAGGUGGAAUAUGCGAAGAGGCCGCGCAUCUUAACAUAUUUGCUGAAAACAAUGUAAAAAUUAUUAUAAGUACCAAACACAACCAGUAGCUUGUAAUGCAUAACGACGCGCUAGCAAAGAAAUUAUACGAAUUACGAAGACAAGAGAAAAUAUGAAGAUUAUAAGUCUUUAAAAGCAACAAAAGCAUGAAAAUGUCAGGACAGCAGCUCGAGGUUUGAACUUCACACGAGGGACUUUUAUUGAACAAUUUAUAAAUUAACUAUUAAUAAUUGGAGUUUUACGUAGCAAAACGACAAUGUGAUUACGAGAGACACCGUAGUGGCUCCGGAAAUGUCGACCAUAUGGUGUUCCUUACAGUCACGUAAGUCUAAGCACAUGGGCCUCUAAAUGGCAGCUAACGUUGCCAUUUGAAUGGCGGUGUUUUCCAUAUAUCAUAUAUGGACCAUUUCUGGAGGAUAUCUGACGUCAGGAUUCCAGAAACAUCUCGAUACCAAUUGUUCUCCUCUCUCUCUUCUCGCCGCCUUCUAUCUUCUCUUUCUCCCGAAGCGGGAGGCAGGGGAAAUCUGGUAUUUCGACGCAAGAGGGUCUGGGCCCCUAGGAAAGCACCUCUUCAGCCUAAAACAUUCGAAGAAAAACGCGUCCGUCAGGCUUGCCCGCCAUGUUGCUUUCUGGCGUGGACAACUGUUCAUUGCAAGAAGAAGGCUCUUCAACAUACUUAUUGAAAAAAUGAA